UUUGGUUUUCUCUGUAAACCAAGGUCUUUUACCCGCGGACAGUCACAUGCAUUGAUAUUCUAUGAUCUCGAAGCUUCCUUUUCUGCUUCUGUUUUGCAGGAGCACGGGCAAAUUUGACAUUGGCAGCGGUCGCUCUUCUAUGUAUGAUCGGGCCUAGCAGUCAGAUGAAAAAAACGGUCAGUCAAGUAGUGAGAAACGAGGACGGUGAGACGCAGGACUGCGGAUUCACCGCACUAAACACCGGGCUGAAAACCUUAAAAGAAAGGCUCUGGCUCGGGGGGAAGCAGGAAAAAAUCAUCCCGAUCGAAAAACCGUUUGAUCAGUGCUGGAAGAAGCUUAAUCUAUACGACUCGAAGACGAAGUUCAAGAAAGGUGACCUCCUCGUCUCGCCGCACGGACGACUCAUGCUCGCCAUCGGCAAGACGCACUACGUGAGACUCCCGUGGAGCUAUUCGUUUUGGCAGAGCUACACUUGGCUCAUCGAACUCGAGAUCCCGAUCAAGAAAGAGAAGGACGGCAAGGAAAGUUUCGUCUGGAAGAUGUUGGACCCGCCCCAGGAGUACAAUCCGAAUCGAGCUGUGGCGCUGGCCAAACUCCUUCUGGGCAAGAGGCUCCCUUUCUACUACUGCACCUGCCACGAUUUCCACUGGAUGGAUUACAUAUGCUACGACAAGGUCCAGAAAAACGCCCUUAAUUACAGGUGCCCAUUGGCUCGGUCUUUGAAUGGCGUGAGAAUUGACAAGGACCUUUACCUGGAGAAUGCCCUCGGUAGACGUACAUAUGUGGAUGGAUUAGCUACAGUGACUCUGGACGAGAAUUAUGAACCGCUGCCCGAAGACCAACAACCGGUAAAACCAAAAAGAGGAGGCCUGGCUCGCUUUGCGUCAUCGAAAAAUAAUGGCGCGAAAACUGGAGCCAAUGUGGAAAGAUCGAAAUCAAUGCUGGGAAAUAAAGGCUUUGAAUCUCCAGGCUCCAUGAAAGAUUAAGGGAACUGAGCUAGGGCAUGUUUCAAAGCUAUGCGAAAAUUAUUUUUUAAAGUUAUGUUCAUAUUGUAAGUAGCGGCUCAAAAAAUAUUUUGCGAUGGCGAUGGCUCUCCUUUCCGUUUCUAGUUCAAUUGAGUACCAUUUGAGUAAACCAUUUCGUCGGAAAACCGAUAAGAACCUUUUCCACCAAACAGCGUAGCGCUGGCAAAAGUGCGAAACCACAUUUCUCGGUUUCAGGAUAUUCCGUCAACGAUUUUUCGUCCGCACAUCUAAUCUGUCCAGUGCUUUACGUCUACGCGUUAAAUAAGUAACAGUGACUUGGUUCAAGCGUCAUAUUUUAGUCCGUAUGUAAAAUUAUAUUGACGAUAUCGGAAUGAGAAAAUGAAG